CCUCUCCCAGAAACGAGUCCCCAAAAUCCCGUUGGAUUUACCACCGUGUCCCUUGGGUUGUGUCCCCACCUCGUGGUGGACUCUGCGGAUCCGAUGGCUUCUCGUGGCAACCUGGGGGUUGGAAAGGCGACUGGGGAGAAAUCUCCGCCUUUUUUUUUGAGAUUUAACAAAAGACGGGAUUCCCCAGCUUCGCGCUUACCCGUUUGGGGCAGUUUCCAGCAGCUCCACCCUGGGCUUGGGUUCAUUUCCUUUGAAUUUGGGGUUUUAUGCCGAAAGCAGAAGAAUGUGGGCAGCUCCAGGGUGAUGCAUCCCCCCCCGUAAGUAUCUAAACCAAGGGCUCGACCCCGAGAUCCAACUCUCAGCAAGCCCCAUCCCACCCUGAAAGCAAAAUCCCCCUCAGGAAGGGAUGUUCUGUCCCCUCCUGUAUUUUUUGGGGGGAGCAUCUCUGGGGCUUUCGUCACCCCCUUUCCCAGAGGGGAAUUUUAAUGCUGCAUUUUGAGCUUUCGCCGGAGCACGAAUCCACCCGGAUCUCCUGCAAAUCUGCCUCUAGAGAGACCAAACAAGCCGUUUGUGGGGUGUGUUUUUGUAGCUGAAUGCAACACGUUUUGUGUUUUCCCCCGUCCCCGGCUCCGUUUUUCUCCGCCCUCUGCCGUGGGAUGGGAGCAGCGCUAAGACCCAAAGAGCUAGAAAACGUCCCCCCAAAUUCACUGGCACCCUGCAAAUUGCAAACACAUCACCCAUGCUCUUUCCUGAUGGUUGAAAGGGGUAGGAAAGAGGGGAAAAAAAACCCAUAUAUUAGUCCAUGGGAGCGACAGCGCUGCUCUGGCAGUGGGAGGAGGCGGCGGCUGCUCUCCCCAGCGGGAGAAGACCUUCAGGCACCUUGUUUUGCCCCAAAACUUUGAAAAAAAGCAGCGUUCCUUUGGGAAACGGCUCCUUGUGGGCAGCGGCGGCGGGUGGAAGAGCAGAGCGAAGCCGCGAGGGAGCGUUUUUAAGGGCGACUCCGAGCACAAAACCCACCGCCGGUCUCCGAGCCCGUUGUUGCUCCGAGCGGGCCAUCCAGUGGGAGUGUGCCUUGAGAGAGCGCUCACUGGGGAUAAGGGCUCUCACCCCGCUGUCACGCCAUUGCGGGCGUUCUUCUCGGGCCAUUUUGGGUGGAAACGCGGUGAUUUUUAGCCCCUGGGGGCCAUGGGAGGGUGCUGGACCCCCCCUCCCUCCCCGGUGCGGUAUUUGAUGAGGUGUGCCCCGAGGCCCCCAGGCCGGGGAGUUUUCCUGCAGGUUUUGGUAUGAAAUACAGCAAAUUAAAGGUCAGCCUGGCCCUGGAAAGUGGGAUUUUGCUUCUGGGGAGCUGCAGGUGGAGGGUAAAGGAUCCACCUGAAGAAACCUCAAAUGCCACCACCAACAUGCUCCAGAAAACUUCCUGGUGUUGGGGAUAAUGAACUGCAGGGACAACCAGCAUCAUCAGUUAAUUAACUCCACAUUACACAGAGCCCAGGGGCAGCCGGGGUCAACAGGAAGGUGGCAGCAGAAAUGCAGCAAGAGCCACCCCUCGCCAGGUUCAGCCAUCACCGCUAAUUGUUAGCGCAGGUGUUAGUCAUCAGCAGCAUGGUUUGGCAGCUGAAUGCUAGAAAGUUCUAAGAACGAGGUACAGUUGGAUGAGGUCUGAGGAAGAAGUUGUCUGUGCCGAGGGGGGUGAGCCAGGCAGGUUGCCAGAGAGGCGGGAGAUGCCUGGGAACAUCCCGAGUCCGGCUGGGUGAGGCUUUGAGCGAGCGCCUUGAUGGAGGUGAAGACGUCCCUGCGGAUUUAUUCCAUGAGUGCCAUGGGAGAAGGGAACAGAUCCUGCUCCAGCGAGGGGAAUGUGGAGGAGCCCCUGAGUCCCCAGGACAGAGGGAAAUCCCCACACGCAGAGAUGCCUCGGGGCACAGAUGAAAGGCCACGCAGAGGACUUGUGGGCAGGUGCCCCACUCUCCAUCCAGUGUGGGUCGUGGUGCUGGCUGUGCUGGUGGCUCUGGUGCUGGCUCUGGCCGUGGCUGUUGCUGCACUCUCAGGAAGACAUGGAGGGGAUCCAGCUGUGCCUGCGGCUCUGGUGCUGGCCUGUCCUGAGGACUGGGUUGGGUACCGCAAUGUCUGCUACUACCUGUCGAGGGCUGAGGGCAGCUGGGAGUGGAGCCAGGAGCAGUGCUCCUCGCAUGGGGCCUCGCUGGCCAUGCCCCGGAGGGAGUGGGAGAUGGAGUUCCUCUUGCGCCUCAAGGGCAACAUGGAUUACUGGCUUGGGCUGCGGAGACGGGGCGAGCGCCUGCAGUGGGUGGAUGGCAGCAGCUUCAACCAGAGGAUCCCAGUGAAGGGCCAUGAACCUUGUCUGUUCUUGAAUGACCAUGAUCUCAUGAGUGCCAGCUGCUCCCAGGUCCGGCCCUAUCUCUGCAGCAAGCCCCAAGAUCUGAUGGGAACCACAUGACAGAGGGCUGGCAGCGAGUGAAGGCCUUUUCUGCUCCUCACACCGCCCUGCCAGCGAGCAGGCUGGGGGGACACAGGCGGGACAGCUGACCCCAACUGACCAAAGGGACGUUCUGUACCAUGUGACGUCGUGCUCAGCAUUUAGAACUGGGAGAAGAACCAAUGGAGAGGACGUUUGGAGUUGGUGCGUUUGAGACGGACCCGUUAAGAUGCGUUUGAGAUGGACCCAAGUCAUGCAGGUGGCUGAACACCUUCCUGCUGAUGGGAAGUAGUGAAUGAAUUCCAUGUUCUUCUCUACUUAUUAA